AUGGCGUCUGGAACACCCACCAUUUCGUUUAGUUUCUUGGUGAUGCUGCUUCUGGGUGUGUUGGCCCCUAUUAGUGAUGCUCAUAGCAGUGAUCUUAAGGGUUUAGAGUGCUUGAAGGUUUCCUCUUCGGAUUUCAGAAACUCUGUUCAAGGAAUCAUUGGUCUUUUGCAGCGUGUUGUCUCCAUCUUUUCUAGAUUUCCCAAUGGACGAGAUUUCCGUCUCUCCAAUGCCAUUAAUGACUGCAUCGACUUGCUGGACUUGUCUUUUGAUGAUCUCCAGUUGUCUGCCUCUGCUACUGAUACUCCGGCGGGCCAGAAAAACGGCACGGGGAACUUGGGCUCUGAUCUGAGAACAUGGCUGAGUGCUGCACUUGCAAACCCACAGACAUGCAUGGAAGGGUUCGAAGGAAUCAAUAGCAUUGUAGAUAAUCUAGUAUCAUCUCUUCUAAGCCAAAUGAUCUCAUCGAUCCAGCAACUCUUAACCCAGGUUCAUCAUGGUCCGGACGACUUCCCUACGAGCAAUGUACAGUUCCCUUCAUGGAUCAAACCAAGGGAUCAGAAGAUCCUACAGUCAAGUAAGAUUAAUGCGGAUGUUGUAGUAGCAGCAGAUGGAACUGGGACUUUCACUAGAGUUGCAGAUGCAGUAGAAGCAGCCCCUGAUUAUAGCAUGAAACGUUUUGUGAUAUACGUGAAGAGGGGCGUGUACAAAGAAAAUGUGGAGAUCAAGAAGAAGAAAUGGAACAUCAUGAUGAUCGGUGAAGGCAUGGAUGCCACUCUUAUCACCGGUAAUCGGAAUUUCAUCGACGGUUGGACCACAUACCGAUCGGCUACUUUCGCCGUUAACGGGAGAGGAUUCAUAGCACGAGACAUUACCUUCCGGAACACGGCAGGUCCACAGAAGCACCAAGCGGUGGCCCUGAGAUCAGGUUCUGACCUAUCAGUUUUCUACCGCUGUGGCAUCUAUGGGUACCAAGACAGCCUCUUCACACACACAAUGCGUCAAUUCUACAGAGAAUGUCGAAUAAAAGGCACAGUGGAUUUCAUCUUCGGAGAUGCCACAGUAGUGUUCCAAAAGUGCGAGAUUCUAGCCAAAAAAGGGCUUCCAGGACAGAAAAACGCAAUCACAGCUCAGGGAAGAAAAGACCAGCAUGAACCAACAGGAUUCUCCUUCCAAUUCUGCGAAAUCUCUGCAGAUUCCGACCUUCUUCCUUUCGUUGGAUCCACCGAAACAUACCUGGGGAGGCCUUGGAAGGCAUAUUCUCGAACAAUUUACAUGCAAACCUACAUAAACGACUUGGUGGACCCCCGAGGGUGGCUCGAGUGGAACGGCGAUGAUUCUUCUUUGGACACACUGUACUAUGCGGAGUACAUGAACGGUGGUCCAGGGGCUGCUCUGGAGAACCGAGUCAAAUGGCCAGGUUUUCAUGUGUUGAGGGACGCGAAGCAGGCUUAUCCCUUCACAGUGGCCAAUUUCAUUCAAGGCGGUUUAUGGCUGCCUCACACAGGUGUAAUUUUCACAGCUGGUUUAAAUGGUUGA